UCGUUCGAGUGCUCUGAUUCCAAUAUUUCCGACGGCCCGUGAAGGCAGCAACAGGAGCUCAUCUGUUGGACUGGGAAACUAAAAAGCGGAGCCAAGUAAAGACUUUUCAGUACUGCUAGCUAGCAGGCUAGCUUUUAAAGUCAACCGUCCAUUUGAGUUAGAAACUAGAAGUUGUUUAGUAACAGCGUCUCUUCCGUAGGACUUAUAGCAGUCGAACAAUGUAUUAGGGGCGUAAUUUAGUUGUGCUUAAAGUAAGAAGGCGGACAGCUUCUGGACAGCUGAAGCCUGUGGCUAGCUCGUUAGCUGGGAGAGAAGUGGAAGUGGAAGCAAGAAAAUGGAGCUGGACGACGCGGUCCUGUACCAGGACGACUCGGGCACCUCGACUAUGAUGUCUGAGCGGGUCUCUGGGCUGGCCAGCUCGAUAUACCGUGAGUUUGAGCGGCUUAUCGGAAAAUAUGACGAAGACGUGGUGAAAGAGCUGAUGCCGCUGGUCGUCGCCGUGCUGGAGAACUUGGACUCGGUGUUUGCUGUCAACCAGGAGCACGAAGUGGAGCUGGAGCUGCUGAAGGAGGACAACGAGCAGCUCGUUACCCAGUACGAACGAGAGAAGGCACUGAGGAAACAUGCCGAAGAGAGGUACAUUGCCUUGGAAGAUUCCCAGGAAGGUGAGAAGAAGGACCUCCAGGGUCGACUGGUGAUGCUGGAGUCACACACACGCCAGCUAGAGAUGAAGACGAAAAACUAUGCAGACCAGAUUAGCAGAUUAGAGGAGAGAGAAUCAGAGCUCAGGAAGGAAUACAAUGCCCUCCAUCAAAGACACACAGAGAUGAUUCACAGCUACAUGGAGCACCUGGAACGAACUAAACAUCAACAUACAGCAGCAGCAGUAGAGCCCUCAGACACAGGCACAUCAGCCAGAGCACGGAAGGAGCGUCCCAUCUCCAUGGGUAUAUUCCCACUUCCUGCUACUGAUGGUAUGACCCCUGACCUCCAGAGGGAACCUGUAGAAACCCCGACCGAGCCCUGGAGAUUUAACGACCUCAGCCACCCGCGCUCCAACACCAGCCUCAAGGAUGAAAUGGCCAGUGCAAGGCGACCAGGCUCCAAAUCCAGCACCCCAACCAACCAAGGAAGUGGAUCUAAAAGUGGCGCUCCAACAUCUUUGCAAGGCGGCUCCAAAUCCAACACCUCGCUGUCCUCUCAGGGUGGCACCUCAAAAUCAAACACCCCCAUGUCUACACGCAGUGGUAGCUCCCAGUCCACCACACCAGUGUCUCCCCAUGACAGAGCCACUCCCAUGUCCGGUCUCGAGGGGGAGCCUGCCUCAGAUGUUGUUAUGAAUUCUGUGGACACACCCCUACAGGAACAAGAAGCUUUGGAUGGUCUCAACAAGAACUUAGACUGGAACAGCGGUAAGCCGGACAGCAGCAAGAACAUCUCAGCUGUGCAAGGUGGACAGGGCGGUCAGGACUUUGUCACCACACCUCUCACAAGCGAUGAUGGAACAGACAACCUGGAGAAGUCUGAGGUGCAGGCCAUCAUAGAGUCGACUCCUGAGCUGGACAUGGACCUUGGCAGCUGCAGAGGAACAAGCACACCAACCAAAGGUGGCAUAGAGAACCUGGCGUUUGACCGUAACACUGAAUCUCUGUUUGAGGAGCUGUCUUCAGCAGGAAACGACCUCAUAGGAGACGUGGAUGAAGGGGCCGACCUGCUUGGUAUGGGUCGAGAAGUUGAACAUCUCAUCCAAGAGAAUGCUCAGCUGCUGGAAACCAAAAAUGCUUUAAAUGUGGUAAAAAAUGACCUGAUAGCGCGGGUAGAUGAGCUGUCAUGUGAGAAGGAGGUUCUACAGGGGGAGCUGGACGCCGUCACUCAGGCCAAGACAAAACUGGAGGAGAGGAACAAGGAAUUAGAGGAGGAACUGAAGAAGCUGCGAGCAGAUCUGGAGGAGGCCAAACAGAAGGCCAAGAAUGACAAUGAGGAUGAUAGUGAUGUUCCUACAGCGCAGAGGAAGCGCUUCACCCGGGUGGAGAUGGCCAGAGUCCUGAUGGAGAGGAACCAGUACAAGGAGAGGCUGAUGGAGCUGCAGGAAGCUGUCAGAUGGACAGAGAUGAUUCGGGCAUCAAGAGAGAACCCCGCUCUCACAGAGAAGAAGAAAUCCAGUCUCUGGCAGUUAAGUUUCAGCCGUUUGUUCAGUUCAUCGGGCGGAGCAGCCAAGAAGCCGACAACGGAGGCCCCGGUCAAUGUCAAGUACAACGCGCCCACCUCUCAGAUCCAGCCGUCCGUCAAGAAGAGGAGCAGCACCCUGCAGCAGCUGCCCAGUGACAAGAGCAAAGCCUUCGACUUCCUUAAUGAGGAAGUGGUGACUGAAAAUGUGGUGUCCAGGCGAGAGCAGAAGAGGGCACAGUACCAGCAGGUCAAAGCCCAUGUCCAGAAGGAAGAUGGCAGGGUGCAGGCUUAUGGCUGGAGCCUGCCCAAGAAGUAUAAAGUGGCCAACGGGGGUCAGACAGAGAGCAAGAUGAAGAAUCUGCCCGUACCUGUCUACCUCAGACCGCUGGACGAGAAAGAUGCUUCUAUGAAGCUGUGGUGUGCAGUGGGCGUGAACCUGUCUGGAGGGAAAACCCGAGAUGGUGGUUCGAUCGUUGGAGCCAGUGUGUUUUACAACGACGUGCCGGGACCAGAGAGUCCUCAGAGGAAGACAGGAUCUCAGAGCAGCCUGGACAAACUGGAUCAGGAGCUCAAGGAGCAGCAGAAGGAGCUGCGGCAGCAAGACGAGUUGUCAUCGCUGGUGUGGAUCUGCACCAGCACCCAAUCUACCACUAAAGUCAUCGUCAUCGAUGCCAAUCAGCCUGGAAACAUCCUGGAGAGCUUCUUUGUUUGUAACUCCCACGUCCUGUGCAUCGCCAGUGUACCAGGUGCAAGAGAGACAGACUACCCAGCUGGAGAAGAGGUACCGCAGAACUCUGAGGCAGGACCCGUUGGGGAUGGCUGCUUGUCAACAGCCGACUCAGCCAAUAGCAGCUCAGCAGGCGGGGACGGCAUGCUUGAAGGCAUCACUGUGGUUGGCUGUGCUGCUGAGGGGACAGUGGCCAUUCCUCAGACAGCAGAGAGACUGUCAGAGGCAGAAGGAGAAACAGAAUCCAGGCCAGCAGAGGAAGCAACUGAGGCGAUGGAGGCGAGUGCGGGACCUGCUGACCAGAGAGAGGGCCUGAGGGGAGUCUACACCGAACACGUCUUCACUGAUCCACUGGGAGCCCAGCAGACAGCCAAGACUCCAGCCAGCUACACACAGAGGGAAUGUGAUCUGGUAAAAGACGGCGUCAGUUCAAAUCCCAGCGCUGAAGAACAGGACCUGAUGAGAGAAGAGGCCCAGAAGAUGAGUAGUGUCCUGCCCACCAUGUGGCUGGGAGCUCAAAACGGGUGUGUGUACGUCCACUCUUCUGUGGCUCAGUGGAAGAAAUGUCUCCACUCUAUAAAGCUGAAGGACUCCGUCCUUGGCAUUGUGCAUGUUAAAGGCCGUGUACUGGUCGGUCUGUCUGACGGCACAUUAGCCAUCUUCCACAGAGGAGUAGAUGGACAAUGGGACCUGACCAACUACCAUCUGUUAGACUUGGGCAGACCCCACCACUCCAUCCGCUGCAUGACUGUGGUGCAUGACAAGGUCUGGUGUGGCUACAGGAACAAAAUCUAUGUGGUGCAGCCCAAAGCCAUGAGGAUAGAGAAGUCAUUUGAUGCCCACCCUCGUAAGGAGAGCCAGGUACGUCAGCUGGCCUGGGACGGUGACGGUAUCUGGGUGUCCAUCAGACUCGACUCCACACUCAGGCUGUUCCAUGCCCACACCUACCAGCAUCUGCAGGACGUCGACAUUGAGCCCUACGUCAGCAAGAUGCUGGGUACGGGGAAGCUGGGCUUCUCGUUUGUGCGGAUCACAGCUCUCACUGUGUCAUGUAAUCGUCUCUGGAUCGGCACAGGCAAUGGCGUCAUCAUCUCCAUCCCUCUGACAGAGACGGCCAACAAGGCGACCUCAGGAGCAGGAAACCAUCCAGGAAGUGUAGUUCGUGUCUACGGUGACGACAGCAGCGACAAAGUGACAGCCGGGACCUUCGUGCCCUACUGCUCCAUGGCUCACGCUCAGCUCUGUUUCCACGGUCAUCGGGAUGCUGUCAAAUUCUUCACCGCCGUCCCAGGUCAUGCAGUCCCAUCUGCGUCCAGUGGAGGUGAGGCUGUGGGUGACAAGGCCACAGACGCCACUUCUCAGGAGGGAACCAGGUCUAUGCUGGUCAUGAGCGGAGGAGAAGGCUACAUUGACUUCAGGAUGGGCGAUGAGGGCGGCGAGGCAGAGGAGAUGGUGGAGCCCUCCAUGAAACUGCAGCCCUUCCUGGCCAAAGCCGAGCGCAGCCACCUCAUCGUCUGGCAGGUCAUGGUCAAUGAGGACUGAACUGCGACCUCUGACCUGUGACGCCCGACUUUUCCUUUUGGCUCAUGGAGGGGGACGUUCAGGUGGACACUCCCCUCCCCCCCCAGAAGGCACACGUCUAAGAUCAGCACUUUCUCCUCAAAUACUCACUUGAACCGUAACGGUGAAAUGAGCAAAAACCUGCUCUUGGAUCUUUCUCAGUAGUAAACCUGGGCGGAGGGGUGGACAAGCAGUCCAAAACGAUUCACGCAACUGCAUGUUUAUUUUGUUUGUUUUUUAAAAUUUUUUCUCCAUUAUUAUUUUUUUAUUAUUAUUUUUUCUUUUUUAUUUCAUGGAUCGGAAUUGAAAUCCAAUAUUAUGCCUCUUGCUCUUCUAAUAUUAUUUGAUUUAAUGCUAUUAUUGAAUUCAAACCAAUACUUUUUGUUUGUUUGUUUUAUUUGCUCAAAAACUGCACCUAAUUUUCUAACUGACGUUUUCAGGUUACCUCCCCUUGUCCACUUGCUGUGUGCUGAUGCUGGCCUCAGUGUUUGUCAGGGGACAUCCAGUUUGUUAAGAAGAGAAAAGGUUGGUUUGUUGCACACCAAAUUGCCUGAAUGUUCCCAGUGUUCAAUAACAAUAAAAGCAUGGGGCAAUCACACUUGGGAGCCAAUCAAAAAUGGCAAACUCCAGAUCCCAUUUCAAUAAUAACUUUUUUUUCCCCCCUUGAGAACUUGGCUUUUGAUUGUAUGCAAGACAAUUGAAUCGAUCGCCAGUAGUCUCCGGGUCUGGAUCUUGUUUAAGACAAAUGCAAUACAUCAGACCCGUCUUGUUAGUAGCUGCUCAAGCAGAGGACGGCCCUGCUCAAAGACUUCUCCUCAUGUCCGACCCCUCCUUGAGGUAGCAGUUUUCUUUUUAGGUUCGACACUGACAAUGGCAAAAUUGCUAAAUAAGUAGUGAAAAGCAACAGCUACCUCUGCAUCUACUACUUCUCACGACAUGCAUCCUCCCUUCCUUGGCAAAAAAAAAAAAAAAAAAAAAAUGGUUGUGGUUUGAAUUGUGAAGACCAUCCUUUGACUUUGAUUAGAUAUUAAUUACAUUUUUACCUCAAGGAAGGAAGGACGGGCAAAAGGAUGGAAAGGUGUGCUGUAGAAGGGUUUGACCAGGGCUUUUUAGGUGUCAUUGGUCCUCUGCUCCCUGGUUUAAACUCCCACCAGCUUGAGCUAGUCGACACUUUACUGAUAUCUACGACUGCCUUAGGUAUCGAGGUUUGAAAGAGCUAAGUUAUAGACUUUUCAAGUGUGAAAGUAUUUAUUCUUUCAUGAAAGAAUGUUACAUGUUUGCUACCAAAGGAAAAAAAGAACUAAAAGAUGGAUAGAUAGCAACAUAAUAGUGUGUCAUCUCACCCCAUACCGUGGCACCCUUUCAGCAGCAUGUUUGAUUUGCCUCCCUGUAGAUAACAAGCAAGUCUUUGUAACAAUUCCUGAUGUAUAGAUAGAUAUAUUUUUAGACUUUACUAUUUGCAAACUGAUAAGAAAUAUUCUUUGGGUAUGAAAGAGUAAUACAUGCUGGACCUAUUGCUAUGAGAAAUAUACUAGAAGAGAAAAUACGACAAGCAGGAGCAUUGAGGAUUACCUAAACGUCCUCAAAAAUCCUUGACAUUUAGAGGUCAAAAACUCAAGGCUGACAUUUUUUGGCUUUGCAGAGCUGUUUUACCCCUUUUCUACUUGUACGAUGUUGAUUAACUGAAGUUCUCAGUGAGAUUCCCUCCUGUUGCUUCUGGCAAACAUUUCAGAAAAUGUUUUAAGCCUAUUUUUAUGAACUUUUUGUAUGUCUGUCUUUUAGACCGCUCUCUCUCAAAUGGCAGCCUCACUCCAUCUCGUGCACACUUGUCUGGCCCGGCUGGCACAAAUGCACAAGAUGUCGGGCGGGGUGUCAUUUGAGACAUGCCCUGUAUGUUUUGCCUCUGUGUACCAGUAGACAGGACUGGUAUGUUUUGUUUGGUUUGGUUUUUCUCUCUGUAUUGAAGCGUAUGAGAGGAGGUCAGUCCUCAUGCGAGUGUGUGUGCGUGCGCAUGUCUCUUCUCUCCAGGAGAGAAGAGGAAACGUAUUGCAGUUUAGCCGUUUCAGUAUUUAUUUCAGUGAAUGAGCCUUUGCAAUUCAGAAUGUAACUUUGUACAUUGAAUAUGAAUAUAUAUGAUUAUAUAUGUGUAAGAAACAUGAAAAUGGCUUGGGGUUUAUUGUUUUGACAACGGUUGUUGCUGUUGAAAUGAUGACUUUGAUUUAGAGGGGGUAACUUUCCUGAGCUAUGCACUAUCUGUAGGGGAGUGGAGGUGAGUGAGUGGGGUUGGUCUGAGGCCUGUCGUCUGUGUAGAGUGCCCCGGGUCGAGCUUGACCUCGCACACUGACAGAUCACUUUUCAAUCCCAAAGCGG